AAAAUUCCUCUCUCUCUCUCUCUACCGCUCAGUCCGACUCCCCCAUGGCCGCCGAUCCGGAGAGCUCCGGCGGCCCUCCGCCCCUCCGCCGCCGCGCCGCGCCGUGCGUCCUCCUCCUCCGGCACCCCCCGCACUUCACCCUCAUCGACCGCCCCCUCCCCGACGGCUUCCGCUUCCUCAAGCCGUGGGAGUCGCCGCUCCCCUUCGACGACUUCCUCGCCUCCGACGACGUCCGCUCCGCCGAGGCGAUCCUCACCUCCCAGGGCGUCCCGGUCACCGCCGACAUGCUCCGGCGGCUCCCGGCGGUCCGCCUCGUCCUCACCACCAGCGCGGGCCUCAACCACAUCGACCUCGCCGAGUGCCGGCGGCGCGGGGUCGCGGUCGCCGGCGCCGGGGAGGUGUACUCGGAGGAGGUUGCGGAUCUGGCGAUCGGGCUGCUGAUCGACGUGCUGAGAAAGGUGUCGGCGGGCGACCGGUACGUGAGGCGGGGAUCGUGGAGUGGCGAGGGCGAAUUCGCACUCGGUUCGAAGCUAGGAGGCAAGAGAGCUGGAGUCGUUGGAUUGGGAAGGAUUGGCCUAGAAGUUGCUAAAAGGCUUGAGGCCUUUGGAUGCACCGUUUCAUAUAACUCAAGGAAGAAGAAGCCAUACGUUUUGUACCCCUUCUACUCUGAUGUCCGCGAGCUUGCCACUAAUUGUGAUGUCCUCGUAAUCUGUUGUGGCCUGAACGAGCAAACCCACCACAUGAUCAAUAGGGAAGUGCUAUUAGCUUUGGGGAAGGAAGGUGUGAUUGUUAACAUUGGGCGUGGAUCAAUUAUCGAUGAAAAGGAAAUGGUGCAACUUCUAGUCCAGGGAGAACUUGGAGGCGCUGGCUUAGAUGUGUUUGAGAAUGAGCCCAAAGUUCCUGAAGAGCUCCUUGCUCUUGAUAAUGUCGUAUUGUCCCCACAUACAGCUGUUUUUACCACGGAAUCCUUAUCGGAAUUAUGCAAUCUUGUCGUCGGGAACUUGGAAGCUUUCUUUUCAGAUAAGCCCUUGCUUUCCCCUGUGUUAGACGAGUGAACCAACAGCUGUACUGGUAUAUUUUGGCUCUUUUACCACUAAUUAAACUAGAUUCAGCUGGCUUUACCUGAAGCAGUCUUUCUACAUCUGGUGAGUAACCAGCCAUCUGUAGCCAUGAGAUGAUAAUAGUACGAUAAUCUCAAAAAGGAGCCGACUUGAUUAUUGAUUAUAUCUUCCUUUUGAUAUUUCCGUCCUAUUGUCCCUUGCCAGAAUUGGCGAAAACCAACUCAUCGUACGACAGUGUGUUGGUGCUAUGAAGAAGCUGAGGAAGGAAUGAAAUGACGAAUUAUGAGACUUGGUAGGCCUUGUGAAAUGUGGCAUUUGUUGUUGGGUGCAAGACUUCAGAAAUGGACAUGCCGAUUACCGAUGAAAAUGAAGAUAGGGCAUUACAUCCUGUGUUGUGUAUUUUAGCUUUAAGCUCUACUGUUGUGUUCCGGAACUUCAUAUUAAGUUUUGAUAGUUCUCUUUUUGCUGGCAAUGACUUGGAUAGAGUGGUAUUUAGGUGCUACUUGGUUCAUGCUUUAAACCUUUAUCUAUCUGCUUCAACA